GUUGCAAACAAAAACCAAAACUCAAAUAAGAAAAACUCUCUCUACCUCCAAGAACGUAAAAACUAAAAUAUAUCAACAAAAAGGCGAUGGACAUUGUAAAUCGAUUAGUGGAACAAAAACCUUUGGUAAUCUUCGCCAAGAGUUGUUGUUGCAUAAGCCACACAGUGAUGCAACUCAUAAGCAGUUAUGGAGCAAAUGCAACUGUCUACCAGCUCGAUGAAAUCUCUAAGGGAAAAGAAGUUGAAGGUGCACUCCAAAAGCUGGGGCUUAGGCCAGGUGUCCCUGCUGUUUUCUUAGGCCAAAAGUUAGUAGGAGGAGCUAAAGAGAUUAUUAGCUGGCAGGUGCAAGGAAGACUUGUGCCAGCCUUAAAGGAAGCAGGGGCAUUAUGGGUGUAG